AAACCAGUACACAUUUGACAAUGACAUUUUGGACUCGCAAAAUACACGAAUUCGUUAUUGGUUCGUGCUAAGGGUCCUGGUCGACGGUCGUGUUGCUUUAUGUUGCUACCUUAUUUAUGCAUGGUAUUGAGGCCAAAAGGAGGAUAACGUAUUCCUCUUUCAUAAUCAUAGUUCAAGUUUAUAUUCUCUUAUCUGUUGUUGUCAUUUUGAAAGGUAUUUUUGAGAAAUUUUAAGUAAUUUUUUAUAUUAUUAUAAAAAUAAUUUAUGAAAACAUUCACAUAUAAACUCGAAAGGGCUGUAACAACAUGGCCCUGCUUAAUAAAAAGAUGGAUAUCCGAAAAGGCCCCAGUUUUGGUGGACUGCGGGCCGGAUUUGAAGGAUCGGGGUAUUUGCGCCAUGGACUCGUGUGAUGCAGAACUAUGUUAUCCGGAGCCUCGGGUGGUAAUCAUCGGCGCCGGCAUGGCUGGCAUAUCGGCAGCUGCAAGGCUAGCGCAACGGGGCAUCAACAAUAUCGUCGUUUUGGAAGCAUACGAAAGACCCGGUGGCCGUAUUCACUCCUGUUGGCUUGGAGAUGUUGUGGCAGAACUCGGCUCACAUUGGAAGCAAGACAAUGCUUUCACUCAUCCUAUAUACAAUUUUUCGGCCACAGAAAACCCACCUCGUCCCGGUGUGCCAGGCACUGAACAUACUCGGGGUCUUUUCAACAGAAUCGUUUGCGGCAAAAUGCCGUUUCCCCCAACACUAACAGCUUAUCAUAAGUUCCGACAAAUAGAAGAGGAAGCAGCACAAAUAUACUGCCUCGGAGGAAAUAAACAACAAGGUUCUUUGAUAAACUUCAUGAGUUUGAGAAUUCAGCAGGAGUUACACGAAUACCCCGAAGAGCAGCAGCAUGAUGCCGCGAGGAUAAUGUUCGGUCUAGCGCAUAUGCUCAACGCGCGAUGCGGAGAUGACACGGCCAUGCUUUGUGCAGACCAUGCCGGCUGUUUUAUGAGUAUGCCAGGCGGUGAUGUGCGCGUACCUUUGGGUCUCGUAGGCAUUCUCGCUCCUUUAUUGCGACAAAUACCAGAGGGUGCUAUACGUUAUUGUAAACCAGUGAAUUGUGUGUAUUGGGGUACGUCUCAGAAAACUGGGUAUAGAGCCGUAGCCUGCACCUCAGAUGGCGAAGAAUUCCCGGCUGACUACGUUAUCGUGACCGUAUCGCUCGGUGUAUUAGCUGCGAAUUCUGCUCGCAUGUUUUGCCCGGCACUGCCAGCGUCAAAGAUAGACGCCAUGCGUUGUCUCGGUUUCGGUCAUUGUAAUAAGGUGUAUUUGGAGUAUUGCAGACCUUUUUGGUUUUGGUAUCACGGUGAUUUGAAUUUUAAAUAUUGUCGUCACUGUCCAAGUUGUCGCAAUGAUUGGACUAAGGGGGUGACUGCUAUAGAAACUGUACCUAAUAGUAAGCAUGUAUUGUGCGCAUGGGUCGUCGGUAAGGAAGCAAAGGCAAUGGAACGGCUCUGCGAUAAAGACAUAGUAGAAGGUUUGACAGAAUUGUUGCGAAGUUCGACCGGUGAUUCGACUAUUCCGUAUCCGAUGACUGUUUUAAGAUCGACUUGGACGUCGGAUCCCUUUUUUGGUGGAGCUUAUUCGUUUGACUUUAAGUGCAGUGACGGUACGGCGCAGAGAGCCUUAGCUUGUCCAUUACCGGGGCCGAGGGAGUCAAUCCCUCCGAUUCUACUUUUUGCUGGUGAGGCAACUGUUCCUGGUCACUUCGCUACUGUAUCCGGCGCCAGAUUGAGUGGUAUACGAGAAGCGGAGCGAAUAGUGCAACUAACAGUCCAGUUCAAAGGACCACCGUUACCUGCUAUACCUAAACAGCAGUCGAAGCCUAAAAAGAAGGCAGAGUACAGCUAAGGGCCGAUGCAAUCCAAUUAUGAAUCAAAAGAAAAGCGAUUCAUUUGUUGAGCGAGAGUUGGGUGCAAAACAACGGAAAAGUUCCAUGUCGUCGCGUUGUUCCAGUACUUUUCAUAUUUUCAUUCCGGUAACUCAUGUUUCUGUAACCACCAACGUUUCUCGGCAACUUUCCCGAAACUUCCUGUUGUUAGUUUUGAAACUUUGAUGAUAACUUGUAACCAACUUGUUAUAUGUGAGUCAUUAUUUGAGAUGACAUCAAAAUGUAAAAAAUAUUGAAACGUUUUUUUGGAUGGAUUUGUUUUAUUAUGGAGGUGACGAUACAUGUCAAUCACAGUUAUGUUAGUUUCAGAGAUCGAUAAGGCUUAUUUACUAAAUAUCUCAAAAAUCUUUUUUAUAAAGGUAACGAAAGUGAUCCAAUGACCACGAAAAAUAACACUUUCAUAAAGAAUAGGAUUUCUUCUAAUUUUAACCUUUAUUAAAUCUAAACUUAAGGUGGACAUAACAAGAGGAACCAUGAUUUGUUAGAGAUCAACUGAUAAAGAAUAAUAACCUUAUAAUGAAAAAAUAACAAACAUUUGACCACGAAAGUGAUGUCACAUUAUGUUACCUCAAUAUGUAUUAUUAAUUAACAUGUUUUAAUCACUCCGAAUGCGAAAUGUAACACUUUUUUUUACUUUUACGAAGGUUUGGUGUACUUCAUACUACGCAUCAAUAGUAUCUGUUGAAGAAUCUGUAUUCUUCAACAUUUUAGAAAAUUGUGAGCCUGCUGCACUGGCGUCAUUCGCAUCCAAGGCUGUAACCGCAUCCUCUCGUUCUGAAGUUUCAGAUGGAGAUGGUGAUUCUGCUGUACUUGCGGGAUCCGCGACCAAGGCUAUAUCCGGAUCCUCUCGAUCCGAAGUUUCAGAAGCAGAUGGCGAGCCUGUUGCACUCGCGGCAUUCGCACCCAAGACUAUACAGAUUCUUUAGUUGUGAAGUUUCAGAUCGAGAUUGCGAGCCUUUUCCACUAGCAAUAUAUGCGUCCAAGACUGUAUUCGGAUCCUCUCGUUCCGAAGUUUAGGAUGGAGAUGACGACCCGUGCUGCACUUGAAGUGUCCGAUCUAAGGCUGUAUCGGUAUCCUUUCGAUCCGAAGUUUCAGAUGGAGAUGGAGAAUCUGCUUCACUAGCGAUAUUCGCAUCAAGGGCUGAAUCCAGUUUCUCUCGUUCUGAAAUUUUUGAUGGGCAUGGCAAGCCUGCUGCACUCAUGCCAUCCGCGUCCAAUCUGGAUACAGUCUUGGACGCGGACGCGCGCUCUGGUUAAAAUCACAUUCGUUGCCUUAAAUCACUUUCGUGGUCCAUAUGACAAUGAAAGUGAUGACCACGAAGGUGAGGGCUUCGUACUUUAACUGCUAUAGUUCUAAAUAGUUUUGAGGUUAGGAUAAAUACAAAAUCCUAUUUGCAACUCAUACUUAUUUCGAACAGAAUUAACCUGUAAUUUUGUUAUUUAAUUAAAAACUUACCAAAGUACACUAACUACGAAAGUGAUGCACGAUCUUCCACAAACCUUUUGAUGAAUAAAAUAUGAUUUUAAACAAAAACAGUUAUCAAAUCGCACCCAAAUAUUUUUUGGAGUGAAAUGACAGCCAUUGAUAGUAAAAUAACAUUUCGAAUGUUACCGUUUUAUUUGAAGUGACGGCAAUUUUCGGAACAAUAUAUUUUGUAAGAAAAUGAAAAAUUACAAGGUCUAUUUACUUCAGACUUUUAUUUAAGAUACUCGAAUAUACAUUAUUAUAGUAUAUUUAAG